AUGACUGACCGCCAGGCCUAUGCGUCCGUACGCAACGGCACCUCCAGACCAAUUUAUGCGGUUAGUUUGGCGCGUAAGUAUAGUGAUCAGUACAAAAAUAGCGACAUGCGGGGUAUCAUUGAGCCAGGACAAGCUAGUGCUGGGAUGCGGGUUGAUUACACCACUGGUUGGUGGACCACUGGUCGAGAUUGGUGGAAGGUUUUCUGGGUCACUCAGGACCAAAACCUCCAGAAGACACUUCACUAUUCAGACCCAGAGAACUCUCGCGACAUAAUGGAUUGGUCGGAAAAUCUUGCUCCAAAUGUUAUUCCUGAUAUAGCUCUGGCAAGAAGGAUGAACAACGAGUAUCAGGUUAGAUGUUCAAUAUCUUGA